GCGGCUGGGAUAACUUUUGUCAUCGUCCCAACUACUCUGGCUGGAAUUCCAGAGAGGGGGGUCUGGCAGCGUGACGCGUGACCCCGAGUCCGUGAGCUCUCCACGACGUUUGCCGGUCGCACGUGACCGCCGCUGCGGAUUUUCCUGCUGUAACCCGGUGUGUCGGGGAGAUUGUGUUUUUUUUUUAUUGACACCUCCAAAGUAUUCUGGGAUUUAUUCAACCCCACGUGUCUCUGUGACAUGAGCCGGUGGCUUUUCAUCUUCUCGCUGUUGUGAGAAUGCCACAAAGGUUAGGGCGCUACCUCUUCUAAGUUCGUGUUAGUCUCAAAUAGCACAAGGGGAAGAUUAAAAAAAAAAGCACCAUCUCCUUUCCGUCCGCUUGUUGGAUUCUCCGUUGACAAUAAUGGCGAGGCAGAAUUUACUGUGCAUCGCCGUCCUGUUGCUGGGAUGUGCUGCUCCACUGGCAUCUGCACAGUGGGAUUGGUUGUUCCGUGGAAAGAAGACGACCACAACGCUGGCCCCGAUCGUGUCCACCACUCCAGCUGCGAUUUCCACUGCUCAGGCUGAGGUGUCCACCGCUCCGACUGCGAUCUCCACCUCGUCCUCAGCCCAGGUCGGCGUGGGAACCACCUUGGCGAGCGUGACCUCUGGUCCUUCGCUCGCACCUGCCACCUCCUCCGCAAGCAGGAGCCUGCAGAAAUCGAGCGUCGCCACAGAGGCUCCUCCAACGCCUGCAGCGGAAACCUUCGCCACCACUCAGGGGCAGGGCGGGACCCCAACCCUGGGGACAGAGGCCCACAGCAGCGAGCCCAGCGGUGCGGGCCCUACCACUACCCCACCGCCCACUCACUGGCUCACUGCUAACGCAAGUACAGACGACGCUUCUUCGGCCCACGGGAUCGACCUCCUGAGGCUCAUUGGAGACCCGACGCCCAAGUCGGUGUCGGUAGUCGCUGGGCAGGAUGACCGCUCGGCCUUCUACUUCCACCGCGGAGCCGAAGUGGCCAAGCGAUUCCAGGGCUUCUUCACCAAGCCUCUGCCCGCAGACUUCUCCAUCUUGGUCACCAUCACCCCUGCCACCAGCCAGGGCGGCUUCAUCUUCUCGGUGAUGGACGCCUUGAAGCAGACGGUCUACCUCGGCGUGAGCGUGUCUCCCGAGCGCGAAGAGCUGCAGCUGCACCUCACCUCGUCGCAGGAGCGCCGCACGACUCCCGUGGCCACAUUCCGGCUGCCUGUGCCCGCGAAGCAGCUGACGCGCUUCGCCCUGCGCCUCCGCGGCUCCGAGGCCUCGCUCCUCGACUGCGAGGCCGAAGCCUCCGAGCAGAAGGCGACGCUGGAGCGGCCGCCGGGGGAGCUGCGAUUCCCGCAGGGCGGAGGGUUCUUCUUCGUGCGAGGACGAAACGAGCAGCCGCGAUACGAGGGAGUCAUCAACGACCUGAGGAUCAGCACGGAACCAUCGGCGGCCAGGCAGCACUGCGAGGAUGACGACGUGCUGGAAGCCUCUGGAGGUGACCAGAGCGGAGAUGGCGACAUCGAUGGGGACACGCCCCCCCUGCCUGCACCGUCCAUCGACAGCCCAACGCCAACCGCGCCCACAGUGCCCAAGGUCACGCUGCUGGAGGAGCCAGGAGAGAAGGAGGACUCCGAGGUGCCGCCCGGGCAGGGCCACAUGGCCCCGAGCACCCCACACUACACGGACGAGGUGGAGAUGAAUCAGGUGGCGGGCGUUGAGAGCGGCCCGCCCGGGGUGCCAGUGCCCAGACAACCUCUCACCCCCAGCGCCCACGAGACCUCCGCCAAGCCAGAUGAAGGUGAGGAUGCUGAUCAAGGAUCUGGCGUUGGGGAGCUUACGGACACAGAGCUUUGCACGCUGUUACCGGACAAGGGCCCUUGCAAGAGCCGCUUGCAGCGCUGGUUCUACAACCCCAAGAAGCACGGCUGCGAGCAGUUUGAAUACGGCGGGUGCCUCGGGAAUCAGAACAACUUCGUCACCAUCCUGGAGUGCCUCAAGCGCUGCGCCUCGGUGCCAGGAGUUGCUGCGGAGAAGCCCAGAGUGGAGCCGACGACGCCGGCGGGGGGCGAGACGGUGGCAGCAGGGCCGGGAGACGACAAGGAGCAGCCCCCUGUCAAGACCGGAGCAGCGCAGGUGGAGGGCGCGAGCGACGGGCGAGUGGGCCUCACCGGCCCGAAGGGGGACAAGGGAGAUCCGGGGCCUCCUGGACCCCGCGGGCCCCCCGGCCCGCCAGGCCCUCCCAGCCCCGCCGCGAGUGUACGCGUCGACGCGGCGGCCGCCAAACCCGGCCUGCCGGGACCUCUUGGACCCGUGGGACCCCCCGGCCUGCCCGGGCCCGUCGGCAAGCCCGGCCUUGCGGGUAAAGGUGGCGCUAAAGGAGACCGAGGGUCACGAGGAUUCCCCGGGGUCCAGGGAGAGUUGGGAGCGAAGGGGGACAAGGGCGACGCUGCUGUGGGCCUCCCGGGACCGCCGGGCCCUCCCGGACCGCCUGGGCCCCCCGCAUCGAGGCACGGCGAAAAGGCGGAAGGCUCUGGAGAUGACGAGAAUGAUGAUGAAGAUGACAUUGUUGACGGCACCACCAGGGGCCGCUCGCGUGUGCCUGGGCCCCCUGGCCCCCCCGGUCCUCCGGGGCCCCCAGGCCUCCCAGGGAUUCCCGGGCAGCCAGGAAGCGCGGGAGAGGGAGGCCAAGCACAGGGAGGCAGCGGCGAGGCGGGUUCUUCAGGCAUCCCAGGCCGCAUGGGCCUCCCAGGAUCCGAUGGGCCUCCUGGUCAGAAGGGUGACAGGGGACAGAUGGGCGUGUACGGACUCCCUGGGUUGCAGCGUCCGUCGGCACCGCAGGGAGAGAAGGGAGACGCGGGCCCAGAAGGGCCUCAGGGCCCGCAGGGCCCACCGGGAAUCUCCGGCGUCACCGGGCCACCCGGUCCCCCGGGGCCCCCCGGCCCACCCUCAUCUGCCAUCAGAUACAACUCCGACUUCAGCGACAUGGAGGGUUCGGCUUUCGGCGACGGGGAGCCGGGCACCGUUGGCAAACCUGGGCCCAAGGGCAUGACAGGAGAUCCGGGUGCAGACGGAACGCCGGGACUGCCGGGACCUCCAGGGCCUCCAGGCUCCGUCGGACUCGCAGGGCACCCCGGGCCCCAGGGCCCGAUGGGUGCCAAGGGGGAGAUGGGUCUACAGGGACGACCGGGGUUGGACGGCGUCGGCAUUCAGGGACCGCCCGGCCUACCCGGUCCGCCUGGGCCCCCUUCCUUCUUCCAUGGACCGACCUACGAUGUGGAGUCGGGGGGUGUGGCAGGCCAAGCAGGACAGCCAGGGCCCCCAGGCCCCGUGGGACCCUGCAGGACUCCAGGUCAGCAAGGGCCUCCGGGAAUGGUGGGACUGGCUGGACACCCAGGGCUGCCUGGACCCCGCGGGGAGAAGGGCGCCUCGGGCAUUCAGGGACCCGCGGGGAUGAAGGGUGAGAGGGGGGAACCCGGGGUCGUCAUUGCUGCAGAUGGCUCCCAUCUGGCAAGCAUGGCAGGGCCCCAGGGACCCAAGGGUGACAAGGGCGAUGCUGGCUCUCCUGGAUUGCUGGGUCCGGUGGGUCACGCCGGAGUCAAGGGGGAGUACGGCAUGCCGGGGAGGCCCGGUCGGCCGGGAGUGAACGGCUUCAAAGGUCAGAAGGGCGAAUCUGGAGGAGGUGUUGGCCUGGGAAAUAGUUUCCCCGGCCCUCCCGGACCUCCCGGCCCGCCUGGCCCCCCGGGCCAGCCGGGGUUCCCCGUGGACGUCAACAACAGAGUGGACCACUUCCAGCCGGGGGUGCAUUCAAAUUUCGGGCUGAAGGGCGAGAAGGGCUCCAUGGGCUACCCAGGACACCACGGCUCCAACGGGGAGAAGGGAGACCCGGGGCCUCCAGGGCCGCCCGGAUCCAUCACGAACAUAGCACAGCUUGCCGGGAUCAAGGGGGAGCGCGGCGAGUCUGGCAUGAAGGGCGAGCCUGGCACGGUGGUCUACGGGGACUUCCCUCACGGGAUUCCCAGCGUCCCCGGGCCCCCAGGCAUCCCAGGAAGACCGGGACUCGUGGGCCCCAAGGGAGACUCGGUGGUGGGUCCAAGUGGCCCCCCGGGCAGCGCUGGCCCCCCUGGAUCUCCGGGGUACGGCUACGAGGGGCCCCAGGGCAGGCCAGGCCCCCCUGGGCCUCCAGGGCCCCCCGGCGGUCAAGGACACACCUCCCCAGGAGGCUCCGGUCCCAGCUACGUCCUCCAGGGAGCGGUGGGGCCCCCCGGGCCACCAGGACCCGCCGGCUCCUCCAGCGGGGUGACGAUAACGAACUCCGUGGAGGCCAUGCUGCAGACGUCGCGAGCCACGCCGGAGGGCGCGCUGGUGUACGUGCGCGAGACGGGAGACGUCUACAUCCGGGUGCCCGGGGCGUGGAGGAAGUUACAACUUGGAGACACCAUUGCCAUCCCUAGCAGCAACACCCACGCUCGUCUGCCCCAGAGCGAGGUGGUGCAACUGAACCCCCAGCCAGCGUGGCCUCCCCGGGCACCCAGAUACCACAAUGGACACAAGCUCCACCUGGUGGCGCUCAACAGGCCAAUGACGGGUGACAUGCACGGCAUCCGCGGCGCAGACAUCCUGUGCUUCCAGCAGGCGCACGCGGCCGGCCUGCAGGGCACCUACCGGGCCUUCCUCACCUCCCACGACCAGGACCUGGCGGCGGUCGUGCGCAGGGCCGACCGCAACAGCGUGCCCAUCGUGAACCUCAUGGGACAGAAGCUGUUCCAGAGCUGGGAGAGCCUGUUCGACGGCUCCAAUGGCAACUUCGACACCAGCAUUCCCAUCUACUCCUUCGAUGGGACAAACGUGCUGAGCGACCCUCGAUGGCCACAAAAGAUGCUGUGGCACGGAUCGGACAGCAGCGGCAAGCGGCUCAUGACGAGCCACUGCUCAUCGUGGCGCGUGGGCGACACGUCGGGCAGCCCCGUGGGCCAGGCCUCGCCGCUGCAGCAGGGCCGCCUGCUGGAGCAGCAGGCGUACAACUGCAACAGCCCCUUCGUGGUGCUGUGCAUCGAGAACAGCUCCGUGCAGCACGCGCGCCGGCGCCGCUAGCCACGGGGGAACCGGGCCCGGCAUCGCGCCCGUGGCGCUUUCUCACCUCCAGCCAUACCCCCACCUUCCCCGAGUGCCCCCAGGGCCCCCCCCUCCCCCCCGGUUUCCGUGCUCCGGCGCGAGGAACGGCCGAGUCUAAACGCGCGUGGCCGUUCUGACGCUGCGCGUGUGAAACCUGCUGCAUCGUAUCGGAGUGAUUGCCUUCUGCUUAAGUGAGGAGUUUUAUAUUUAAAAGGAGUAACCUGGUCCCAGCCAAGACAGCGUCAGCGUGGCAUGUGGAUGGGUUGCAGUUACUGUGCCUUUAGUUCUCAGUAGAUGAGAGUAAUUCUCUCCCGACUCUCGCCCCAGCGAUUCGGAAGCGUCGGAAAGGUUCCAGCUGGGUGCAACAUCUCGUCCACGAACGGCCCCUUGGGAUUAUAGUAAGCGCCGUUCCACGUUCACAACUUUCACCGGCGAAACGUCGCGUCCGUUCGGGUCACGGUGGCCUCCCAAGUGCUUUCUUUUAUCUCACGGGUGCUUUCUUUUUACAAGCGGCGAACAUCAUCGACUCUCGCUCCAGGGUCCUUUUUAUUAUUGUUGUAGCAAUGCAGCAACGCCUGUUAAUCAAACAACAGAUGCCCGUCAAACUGUUUUUUUUUUUCCCGCGUGCCGGAACGACGCACGCAAACGCUCGCCUUGACGCUUCGCCACAUUUAGUUUGAAGCGUAUUUCACCCGUCACGAUUGGCACGUCCAACGGACGCUUCAGUUACAACCACGCGAUGGCUCCCAACCGAGCUGCGCUCGGGAUCGAAACACAAAGCAGCAGGGGGUUGCAAGGGAGCAGUAGGCAAGGAGGAGGGGGGGGGGAGAUGAUGAUGACGACGACGCGCCCUGGGGUAAACGACGUACAUUCGAGUGACGGGUGGAGAAGUGAAGACCGGCUGACCGACCGCCCCCCCCCCCCCCGAGCAUUGCGUAACGGAGUCCGUCAAGGUUGUUAUAACAGUGGCCGUCAGGGGAUGCCACGCGAAUUCUGAGCCCACCGAGGGGUCGGUUCAGAACGACGUUGUUUUGGAACGACGUUGGGCGACCGUUUUGAGGGGCGGGCUGGAAGUCGUCCCCCCCCCUACCACCUCACUGAGUCUCGCCCAUCGCUCACAAUGGGGGCUACUACUGUAACGAUACCCUUCAUCGGCAAUGUUAAUCCGUUUUCAAUUAAAACAACAACAAACCUUUAAUGUGUGCACUAAGUAACUAUGCAGUUUGUAUCCACGAUGUCGCUGUUUGCUAGUAGUAGUAGUCGUAGUGAAAGCGGGCAGAUUCUGCUGUGCCAUUUCACUCAUUUGUAAUAAUAACCGACGUUUAAACCACGGCUCUUUUGCGGGCAAACUCUUCUCAAUAGUAAACGCGGGAGAUGAAGCACAACGACUAGAACAGCAACGGCCCUCUCUCUCUCCCUCGACGAACUCUCAGCUCAAGAGGCCACGGCAACUGGCCCUCAAUGAGGCGUCCUAAGUCUCCGCUCGCGUUCAAGCAAAGCCUCUGAAGUCUAAACGGACUCUUGCCUCGUACAAUAAUAAUGAUGAUGAUGAAUCAGCCUUGGGGGUGACGUCGCACGUGCUCUCCAAGCGCACUAAAGGGGGCGCACAAUGGCCCAUCGUGUGGUUGAAACGCCCCCCCCCCCAUCUCUCUCUCUCUAGAGCUCUACGGUAUAUACAAACAAUGUUCUUUGUUAACCCUGUAAUGGCCAUGUUUGCUUCGAGCUAUUGGAAGCUGCUGCUGCUUUUUUUUUUAUUGACAAAGCAUGCAAUGUCUUGACUCUGGAGCUUGUUACAAUAUCUGUGCGACGGUGCCGAGUGGCCGUGUCGAGACACGUAGCGGUGCCUCGCCGCUCCCUCGCUCGCCCUUCGCAGUGUUACCGUCCAAGCCCCCCUAGCGCUCGGGCAGGUGGUGGCAUCAGCCACAUCGGCAGCAGCGGUCGUAGCGUGCGCGCAUGCAGAUGGGGGGGGGGGUGGUGGUGUCGUCCUUGGCAGCGGCAGCAGCAGCAAUAGCAGCGAACGCACAACUUCCCAGCAUGGCACGAGCGCGCGUGUGCCACACACGGGAGGAGGAGGAGGGGGGCCCAUCACCGCCAAUGGGUGUCGACGCAUUCUCUCGUGUCUUGUUUUCACCAUCGCGUGAGCCACUAGAAAUGGGCCCUCUCCCCUGCUAAGGGGGCGGAGGCGGCAUCGAGUUUUGGGCGCAGCGCGUAACCUUGCUUUGAACUUAGUAGGUCAGUGUUGUUCGUGUCAAUGCAUUGUGGACACGUUCUGCAGAGUGCGGACGUUUGGUCAACACAGCCCUGGCUUUGCGAAAGCUUACUUUGGUUUUGUUUUGUGCAUUGGAGCAUUUUCUGAUGAAGUAUUUAAAGGAAAUGCGCACACAUUGUCAGAAUGAUUUGUAAUGAAUGAAAUGUCAAGGCUUCCUGUAUGCCAAAGAUGCCAUAGCCUUGCAUGGCCAUAGCCGUUAGCGUCUCAGCUGCUGCAGUGAAUCUCCUACAAACCGGGUAGUGAUUGACCAGAGAUGGCGUUUUUAGGUAAAAUUCAAUGCAAUUUUGGUCAUUUCUCAUUUAUAUAAACAUGCAUAUAUCACGAACAGUUUUGAAUACUUUUAUAAAGCUAAUUAAUGAUUCAUGUUUUUAGAGAGAAUAAUUUUAACCACUAUUUCUAAAAUCAAAGGGUAGAGUACGUGUUAUGCGGGCUCUUUCCAUGGAUAUGUCGGCAUCACAUCUGGUUGUCGGUAACAUAGAUAAUUUCUCCACGUAGGGGGGGAGUUAAUGUCGAGGCAGACCAACUGUCACUGCUGAUAGAAGGGCAGCCCACAUCGGUGCUGUACACGGGAAUAUAUAUUUCCGAUAUCAUGACGCAUUUUGAUCGUUAGAAACGACCAUGCUUUUAUGGAAAAAAAACCUGGCCACAAUUAUUUAAUCUGAGAAUCAAGUAAUUUUUACACUUUUCAUUCUAGUUCAUAUUUCAUGCAAUUAUUAUUUUUAUUCACAUCAUUCUCACCCUUUAAAUAUUCGUGUAAACGUCAGUAUUCACAUUCAGCAGGGAUUUGAUCAUGGCUGGUGGCGAUAAUGAUGAUGUUGAUAAACUCUGGUAGUAGCUUGGGCUGUGGGAGAUCUGUCAGUGUCUCUCCCAUGGAGCAACACGAGCCCAAAACUGGCCCAACACUGGGCCCAACACUGGCCCAACACUGGCCCAACACUGGGCCCAACACUGGCCCAACACUGGGCCCAACACUGGCCCAACACUGGCCCAACACUGGCCCAACACUAGCCCAAAACUGGCCCAACACUGGCCCAACACUGGCCCAACACUGGCCCAACACUAGCCCAACACUGGCCCAACACUGGCCCAACACUGGCAACCAGAGACUAACCUGGGCUUCCCACCUCAGUGCACGUGGCGUUUACAUGUUGCCUAAAAGCGUGAUCUGUCACUCAGGACAAACGCCACUUUUGGUCAAACCCACUUUUAAACGUCCGGUUAACUCGCGUACGUUUUUGUAGCUUUUCAUUUAAUAUAAUCACUGUCUCAUAAAAUGAUCAUUUUAGUGUCAGAUUGAUCAACCUGAAAAGGCAUUUAUCAGCAGUGACUUGAUCUCACGAAAGUGACAACCGACUUCAUGGAAAAGCCUGUGGGUGCGAGUUAAGUGGGUCACAUGGACCUCUUAGGAUUAAUCAACUUAAUUCGCGAGCGUGUAGGUCGUAGUGAAAUUGGUAAGGCAAUAUUACAUUGACAUCUAACUUAUUGACAUGGCGGUUCUGAAUUAAUGCAUGGAAAUUGGUCAAAUGUACUUUUUAUAUUGAGCAUAAAAAUUAAUUCCAAGCAAUGCCUCAACGUAGGUGGAUGCAUAAUGCAGAAGGCUCACAUACAGACGUGCAUUUUAAAGGUUUUCUGAGGCUUACAGCUGAGGGUUUUAUUUAUUCAGAUGUAUCGCUUGAAAAAUUAAUUGCCCAUUAAGUGUUAUAUUUUUGUAUUUUGCUGCUUAUUUCAACUAGGCUCUUUUCGGUUGUUUUUUUCCCCCUGUGUAAGUGAAUGGUGCUACUAUUGCUUGCUUCGCAACAUUAGGAAUUGGAACGCAGCCACAAUGAAAGCGCUGCCACUGCGCAGCAGUCGUGCUGCCUCGUGCAGGUCAGAUGUCACGUCAAUUUUUUGUUAUUGUUGAAAGCCUUCGCUCAUGUACCUGUACCUGUAACGUCGCACAGUAAACCAUAAACACCA